AUGGCACCCUCCGCUGUUCCCAUGAAUGGCCAGGCCAACGCUUCCGAUGUCGACCUCACUGCCACUGCCAUUGAGCACAAGAUGGAGGAGAACGGCGCUACAAAUGGCCACAAGGCCACUUACCAGGAAUUAGACGCCUCCAAGCUGACAUACACUUUCACCAAGUCGCCGCAAAAGGUGCCGGCGGCCGGUGUCAUUAGCUUCGAGAACUCAUCCAUCUGUACGGAUCACAUGCUCACUGCCACCUGGUCUCAGAAGAAUGGCUGGGCAACCCCCGAACUCAAGCCCUACGGGCCCUUCUCCAUCAUGCCCACUGCUUCCGUCCUGCACUACGCCACCGAGUGCUUCGAGGGUCUGAAGGCCUACCGCGGCUACGAUGGCAAGCUGCGUCUGUUCCGCCCCGACUGCAACGCCCAGCGUCUGCUCAUGUCGUCGGUCCGCAUCUCGCUGCCCUCCUUCCCGCCGGGCGAGGUCGAGAAGCUCAUCAGCGCCUUCAUGGCUGUCGACGGCCCCAAGUGGCUGCCUCGCGAGCGCCCAGGAUCCUUCAUCUACCUGCGUCCCACGCUCAUCGGCACACAGUCCCAGCUCGGCGUCCAGGCCCCGGCCGAGGCCAUGAUGUUCAUCAUCGCCAGCUACAUGGCCGAGAUGGACUCGCCCCCCGGCGGCAUGAAGCUGCACACCAGCCCCGCGGACAUGGUUCGCGCCUGGGCCGGCGGUUUCGGCUACGCCAAGGUCGGCGCCAACUACGGCCCCUCGCUUCUGGCCACCUCGGAGGCGCGCGCUCGUGGCUUCGGCCAGAUCCUCUGGCUGUACGGCGAGCAGGGCUUCUGCACCGAGGCCGGCGCCAGCAACUUCUUCGUCGUGUGGAAGAACAAGGAGACGGGCCGCACCGAGCUCGUCACGGCCCCGCUGGGCGACAAGAUCAUCCUUGACGGUGUCACGCGCCGCAGCGUGCUGCAGCUCGUGCGCGAGAGAUGCGCCGACGAGGUCGAGGUUGUCGAAAGGCAGUACACCAUCGAUGAGGUGAUCGAGGCGCACGAGGAGGGCCGCAUUGUCGAGUCGUUUGCCAGUGGUACCGCGUACUUUGUCUGUCCCAUCUCCCUGAUCCACCACCGCGGAAAGGACGUUGCCAUCCCCAUGGGCAAGAAGAACGACGGCGGCGAGCUGACCACCAAGGUCAAGACCUGGCUCAAGGACAUCAUGUACGGCCGCGAGGACCACCCGUGGGCCGUCGUCGUGCCGGAGGAGCAGUAA